AUGGAGCAGAUUGAGACUCAGGCGAGCGACCUGAGGUUCCUCGCCCAAGUCCCCGUCCUGAAUGCGACCCCGACCCCGUCCUCCGGCCCCGGCCCCGGAGUUGGGCCAGGCGGAACUCCCGGCGGCACCCCCGGCGUCGGCGUGGGUGCUUCCGCGGCGGCGGCUGCUGGCUACGACACGACGCCGCAACCACAGACACAGGCGAGCCCAGGUUCCGCCUCUGUCGGGGAAAAUUCCGCUCCAAGCGUGAGUGCGUCCAACGCAAACAAGCGGAAGUCGCUUGAUGAUGGGUCAACUGCGGGGGGCAAGCAGACAAGAAGCAAGAGGAAUCGGUAUAUAUCAAUAGCUUGCAAUGAGUGCAAACGCCGAAAAAUAAAAUGUAAUGGAGAAACGCCAUGCCAGCGAUGCGGCAAUCUGAACCUUGCAUGCCUAUAUGCCCCGAACUGCUGCUCCAACAACUUCAAGGACUCGGAUGAUUUCAAGCAAGUCACCGCUCAGAUCGGUCGACUCCAAGACGAGGUUGUUUGGCUACAUCAAACCGUCAAAGUUCUUCAAUCCGAAUCGACACGCCUUGCCUCUCUCAGCGAUCGUCCCAUGGCCCUGGGCACCUCGACUGUCGCCCCAUCGCCCUCACAAAGUUCGAGUUCACUCAAUCGGCAUGACGGACUCAAUUCCAAGUACGGUUCAUUUCGUGGUCCAACCAGUAUGGCUUUCAGUCUGGACGUUGCCAACAACACCAUCAACAACAUGGGCUACAGAGGCAUUUCAGACGGGGACGAGAAUGCCCAUCACAAUGAUGGCAUGGGCAUGCCGCUGUCUCGGCCAUUGGAUCCACUUCAUGACUUCGACAAGGACGAGAUGGUCCGGCUAUGCCGACUGCACGAGGAAGAAAUCGGCAUCAUGUAUCCGGUCCUGAACGUGCAGCACGUUAUAUCACAUGCCAAGACUCUUGCGCCUUUCCUGGAAACAAUGCGACAUCAGAACCCUAGAGAACUGAUCAACGACGAGAAGACGCUUCAAUUGAAGAUUAUCAUGUGUUGUGCCCUAGUCGUGGAGGAGCAUGGACAUAGUGAUAAAGCGAUUCGGUUGUACGACAGCAUGGAGUCGGUGCUGAACCGCAAGCUUAUGGCUGAGGCUGCAGAUGUUGCCACACUACCGCUGCUGGCUCUCGUUGCUGGCUACCGAUUUUUAUCCAACGAUGAAGUCUUAGCAUGGCGUGUGAUGGGUCAGGUCGCACGAUUAUGCCUAGAGCUCGGUAUCCACCAGAGGACGGGUCUGUUGAAGAUCCAGGACGAAGAGGAGCGCAAGAAUGCACUGACGAGCUUCUGGUCAGCAUAUGUCUUGGAUCGACGAUGGGCUUUCGGAACCGGGCUUCCUUAUGUGGUUCAGGACGAGGAGAUUGAUUCACAACUGCCCUUCCCGGAUGAGUAUCCAUAUCUUGUCGCCAUGAUCACGUACUCUCGGAUAGGGGCAAAGGUUUGGCGGCAGGUUUCACAUUUCGGACCAGUUCUGGCACGCGACUUGCGAUCAGAGGAACUGGAAAGCGUGGACCAAGAGCUUCUGCAGUGGUACGAACAGAUUCCCGAGGAGGUCAAGGUUCGCAACUGGGACAAGGAGAAGCAAAUAACGUCGACACCAUCAUAUAACCUCCAGCGCCUGAGGAUCUGGACAUAUCUACGGCUCAACCAGAUGCGGAUUUGGCUAUAUACGCCAGUACUACAUAGCGCAACAAGCAUCAUGGCACAUCCGUCGCAAUCAGAGCGCGUGGUGGACAUCGCCAAGGAUACGAUUCGAUAUCUCAACCACCUAAAUAACACGACAAAUCUUUACCGCCGAGUUCAGGUCUUCUACCACCAAUUCCUGACCUCGGCGAUUGCUGUCGUUUUCCUCGCCUCGGUUCAUGCCCCAGUCAGGUUCAGCGCCACCUGCAGAGAGGAGUUUUACAUGGCGCUCGAGUUGGUCAAGGACCUUUCCGCCAAGAGCUGGGCAUCACAGCGGCUCUGGCGAACAAUUCGUUCACUCAAGGACGUUGCACCGCGGUUUGGGUUGGAUUCGGAGGACGACCCUCAGUCCACCGCAGCAUUGGGGAUGAUAGGGCUUGCGCGUGGCCAGCAACAGCAGCAACAGCCGUUCCGCAAGCCAUCGAUCCCAGGCCAACAAUCACAGGCAGCAACACCAGACUCGAUGGCCCAGAACGGGAGCAGAAUCGGGGCCGAGAUGUCGAGGAUGUUUGAGGGAUACAUUGGUUUGAACGGGUUCCAGUACAACGAGAACGAGGAACAGCAGCAGCAGCAGCAGCAGCAGCAGCAGCAGCAAGGACCGGGAUCAAAUACUGACAUGUCGGCCCCUGAGACGCCGGGAGGCAUGUACGUAGGUGAUGCAACUGUUUUCCCCCAUUUUAGAGAAAUGUACUAG